AUGGCUGAGGCAGGUCCCGUCCAAGAGCUGUGCGAGGAACUCUCUUGUCCCAUCUGCCUGCUGUAUUUCAGGGACCCGGUGUGCAUCACAGAAUGUGGGCAUAAUUUCUGCCGAGGCUGCCUGGCCCGGAGCUGGGAGGAGUGGGGGGCCCACCCUUCCUGCCCUCUGUGCAAACAGCCGGCUCAGCCCCGGAACAUAAAGCCAAAUCGGCAACUGGCAAACGUGGUCGAAAUUGCCAAGAAGCUCAGUCUUCAGGGAGAAAGGAAGAUGGAGGCAAAGGAGAGAGUCUGCGAGAAGCACCAGGAGCACCUGAAGCUCUUCUGCAAGGACGAUGAAGCCCCCAUCUGCGUGGUCUGCGACAGAUCGAAGGAACACCGAGAUCACCGGGUCGUUCCCGUGGAAGAGGCUGCCCAGGAAUAUCAGGAAGAAUUUUGUCACCGCCUUGAUAUUCUGAGGAAGGAAAGAGAGAAAAUUCUGGCCUGUACAAAAGACGCAGAACAGGAAAGCCAAGACCUGCUUACAGUAACCAGAUCAGAGAUGGAGAAAACCCUGGCUGAGUUCCGGAAACUGCAUCAGUUUCUGGAAGAACAGGAGCAACUUCUGCUGGACCAGAUGGUGACGCUGGAGAAGGAAAUUGCAAGAGAAAGGGAUGAACAUGUGGCCAGACUCUCUUGGGAACUCUUUUCUCUUGAAAGUCUAAUCCAGGAGGUGGAGGAGAAGAUUCAGCAGCCUGCAAGAGACUUCCUGAAGGAUGUUAGAAGCACCUUGCAGCGAUAUGAGGAGAAAGAGAAUUUUGAGAUUUCUGUGGUGUUUCCUCCUGAGCUGAAGUGGAGGAUCUGGGACUACUGUGACCUCAACUUCCUUCUAGAAGGUGUUAUGAAACAAUUCAAAGACACUCUGGAAUCUGGACUUCAGCAGCAAGAAGCAAAUGUGACCCUGGAUCCCGACACAGCCCAUCGCCACCUCGCCCUGUCUGAGGAUCAGAAAAGCGUGGGCCGGGGCACCAAAUAUCAAGAUCUGCCGGACAAUCCAGAGAGAUUUGAAAAGCAUUGCAUGGUGCUAGGAUGUGAGAGAUUCUCUUUGGGCAGGCAUUGUUGGGAAGUAACUGUAGGGAGUGAGGAAGGCUGGGCCUUGGGGGUUGCUAGGACAUCUGUGAAAAGAAAGGGCAAGUUUUCCGCUAGUCCUGAGGCAGGGAUCUGGGCUGUGAGGACGUGGAAAGGGGGGUACAAGGCGUUCAUCCCUUCUCUUUCCUCUCUUCUGCCGAUCAGCAGUGGGGAGCUCAGGAGGAUCAGAGUCUGCCUGAACUGUGAUGGGAGACGGGUGGCUUUCUUUGAUGCUGACACGGCAGCCCCUCUCUAUACAUUUUCAGGACUCUCCUUCUCUGGAGAGACCCUCCAGCCCUUCUUUUGGGUCUAUGAGAAAGGCUGCCUCACUGUCUCUCCUUAAGGCCACCACAGUCUCACUCAUAAGCCUUAGCUGGUGUUAAUCUCCAGAUGGAGGUAAUUCAUCUAAAAACAAAAUCUGCUGAUCAAAGAUAUCUCUAACCAGUCUGCAAAAGCCUUUGCAGCCUUCCAAUCACUCACCAAAACAAACUGAAAU